CUUCCACUCCCACCCCCUCGCCGCCAUCCACCGCCGCCGCCGAUGGCCGAUCCCUCCGCCGCCCGCCCCACCAAAAUCGUCGCGGCGGCCGACCCUUUCGGCGCUCCGCUCAAGGACGCCCUCGUCUCCCACCUCCGGGACACCCUGCACAUCGAGGUGGAGGACCUCGGCACCGGCCCGUACUACUCCGUCGCCGCCGACGUCGGCCGCCGCGUCUCCUCCGGCGGAGGAGGAGGAUCCGGGACCCGGGGCCUCGUCGCCUGCGGCACCGGCUCCGGUGUCUCCAUCUUCGCCAACAAGUUCCCCGGCGCGUUCGCGGCGACCUGCCUCUCCGUCGCCGACGCCGUCAACGCCCGGUCCAUCAACAACUCCAACAUCCUCGCCGUCUCCGCCCUUUCCACGCCGCCGGGCUCCGCCGUGGAGAUCCUCCGCGCCUGGCUGGACACACCCUUCAAGUCCCCCUGCCCCGCCUCCGGCGACCAGCCCUGGAGCGACGACCUCCAGGAGUUCCUGGACCGAGCCCUGAUCGAAACGCCCAAGAUCGGCGCGCCGCCGGCCUCGGAGCCGGACGAUUCCGCCUCCUGCGCGAUCUGUUGCCUGGCGAAGCGCCGGGAGCUGAAUCCCAUCGACAUGAUCCCGGGGGGGUCGAUGAAGAUAAUCCGGGAGACACCCACAUCGGCGAUCGUGAGGUUCAAGGCCGGGAGCGUCGAGCCGGCGCACCACCACACGUUCGGGCACGAUCUGGUGGUGCUGGAAGGCAGGAAGACCGUGUGGAACUUGAGCAAGAAGGAGAGGUACGACUUGGUGGUCGGGGAUUACUUGUUCACGCCCCGCGGGGAUGUGCACAGGGUCCAGUAUCACGAGGACACGGAGUUCUUCAUCAAGUGGGAUGGCCACUGGGACAUGUUCUUCGAUGAGGAUCUCGAGACUGCUAAGAAGGCCAUCGAAGAGGAAGAAUCAUCAUCAUCAUCAGCUUGAUUUUGUGAGUUUCGAUGUUCUUGCUAAUGCCCACGAAAGAAAGUCUGCCAUGGGGGGUUGUUCUUGUUGUGUUGUUUGUGAUAUAUCAAGAGAAGGAGGAUGUGAUCUUGUGGAGUUGAGGUAUGUAUGAAGCAUCUGUGAUUAGCUGAAGUUGGUGUUGCAGAGUAUAUGCAUGAGCAGAGAGACUUUUCAACUGAUAUGUUUCAUGUGUGGUUGAGUCUUGAGUGAUGAUUUUCUCUGUUACCGGUUUAGAUUGAAAGAAUCAGAAGUUUGGGUAUGAAAUAGGUGUACCUCAUUGGCUUGAAUUCCACAUCCACACCACCAGAAAUGUGAAUGUUGUCUUGUUUAGGCCAUUCACCUGUGUGUUUAGAAUCACAAAUCCGUGAGGUUUAGUGUUGCUUUCAAUGAAUUCAAAUUUACCAAA